GUGAUCCAGCGCACGCACGCAGCUUUUGUCUCGAAACUCUACGCAAUGGUCAGCGACAGCAAGACCGACCAGCUGAUAUCGUGGACAGCCGAUGGCGACAGCUUCCAGGUCAUGGACCCGAUGGAGCUGUCGCAGGAGAUACUGCCGCUGUACUUUAAGCAUGGCAAUUGGCAGAGCUUUGUGCGGCAGCUCAACAUGUACGGGUUCCACAAAGUCAACGACCUGGAGUAUGGCGGCGUCUUUGGCGAUACGCAGCUAUGGAUGUUCAAGCACCUGCACUUCCUGCGUGGCCAGCCAAAGCGCUUGCAGAUGAUUAAGCGGCGU